AUGGAUAUUGCGCAUUUCUUGUUCGGGAUAUUUGGGAAUGCCUCUGGACUGUUCCUCUUUUUGGCCCCAACAAUAACUUUCAAGAGGGUCAUUGCGAACAAAUCCACCCAGAAGUUCUCAGGCGUUCCUUACCCUAUGACACUGCUCAACUGUCUCCUUUCUGCUUGGUACGGUUUGCCGUUUGUGUCUCCACACAAUAUACUUGUGACAAUAAUUAAUGGCACAGGAGCAGUGAUAGAAAUCAUAUACGUUUUCAUCUUCAUCUUGUUCGCACCCAAGAAAGAGAAGGCUAAAAUUCUUGGCCUUUUUACCUUCGUAGUAGCAGUGUUCUCUGCCGUUGUUUUUGUGUCCCUUUUUGCUCUGCAUGGAAAUUCCAGAAAGCUCUUCUGCGGCUUCGCUGCCGCGAUAUUUUCCAUCAUCAUGUAUGGUUCACCCCUCUCAAUUAUGAGACUGGUGAUCAGAACCAAGAGCGUGGAGUUCAUGCCUUUCUUCCUCUCGCUGUUUGUGUUUCUCUGUGGAACUUCCUGGUUUAUUUUUGGUCUGCUAGGCCAUGACCCAUUUGUGGCUGUACCAAAUGGUGUGGGCUCUGCAUUUGGGGCAAUGCAAUUGAUAUUGUAUUUUAUAUACCGUGACAACAAAGGUGAUAAAAAGAAGCCAACAACAACACAAGAGGAAAACAUGGAGAUGGGCACCGCGAAACCCCCAUCAUCAAGUGAAGCAAUGCAAUCCAAUGCAAAUGCAAAUGCAAAUGGAACGCAAGAGGGACACGUCUAG